AAUACCUUUGGUCUUUUUGGCCCGGCCAUGCCCACAAUGCCCACCCUGUGAAGGACCUUCACCAUCUAAAAAUUGUGCCAGCAGACGACCCGUGGAUCUGUUUUCUUUUCCCUGCUAGGAGUUGCUCUACGUAAAUCUGGCGCGAUGUCCCUGUUCUUCCCUCGAUGCAACUCCGUUGUCACCGUCAAGAAGGAUAAGAGACACAUGGCGGAGGUGAAUGCUUCUCCCCUCAAGCACUUUGUCACCGCCAAGAAGAAGAUCAAUGGCAUCUUUGAGCAGCUGGGGGCCUACAUCCAAGAGAGCGCCACCUUCCUGGAAGACACCCACAGGAAUGCAGAGCUGGACCCCGUUACGACAGAGGAGCAGGUUCUGGACGUCAAAGGCUACCUGUCCAAAGUGCGGGGCAUCAGCGAGGUGCUGGCCCGGCGGCACAUGAAAGUGGCUUUCUUUGGCCGGACGAGCAACGGGAAGAGCACCGUGAUCAAUGCCAUGCUCUGGGACAAAGUACUGCCCUCCGGGAUCGGCCACACCACCAACUGCUUCCUGCGGGUGGAGGGCACAGAUGGCCACGAGGCCUUCCUCCUCACGGAGGGCUCGGAGGAGAAGAGGAGCAUCAAGACCGUGAACCAGCUGGCGCAUGCCCUCCACCAGGAUGAGCAGCUGCAUGCCGGCAGCCUGGUGAGUGUGAUGUGGCCCAACUCCAAGUGCCCGCUGCUGAAGGAUGACCUCGUGCUGAUGGACAGCCCUGGCAUCGAUGUCACCACAGAGCUGGACAGCUGGAUUGACAAGUUUUGCCUGGACGCUGAUGUGUUUGUGCUGGUGGCCAACUCGGAGUCUACCCUGAUGCAGACGGAAAAGCAGUUCUUCCACAAGGUGAGCGAGCGCCUGUCCCGCCCCAACAUCUUCAUUCUGAACAACCGCUGGGAUGCGUCCGCCUCAGAGCCCGAGUACAUGGAGGAGGUGCGGCGGCAGCACAUGGAGCGCUGCACCAGCUUCCUGGUGGAUGAGCUGGGCGUGGUGGAUCGGGGCCAGGCCGGAGACCGCAUCUUCUUCGUGUCUGCCAAGGAGGCGCUCAACGCCAGGAUCCAGAAGGCCCAGGGCAUGCCCGAAGGAGGUGACAGGGGCGCUCUUGCAGAAGGCUUUCAAGUGAGAAUGCUUGAGUUUCAGAAUUUUGAGAGGAGGUUUGAGGAGUGCAUCUCCCAGUCUGCAGUGAAGACCAAAUUCGAGCAGCACACGGUCCGGGCCAAGCAGAUUGCGGAGGCAGUUCGCCUCAUCAUGGACUCUCUGCACAUCGCGGCUCAAGAGCAGCGGGUUUACUGCCUGGAAAUGCGCGAGGAGCGGCAGGAGCGGCUGACGUUUAUUGACAAACAGUUGGAGCUCUUGGCACAGGACUACAAACUGCGGAUCAAGCAGAUCACGGAGGAAGUCGAAAGGCAGGUGUCGACGGCGAUGGCCGAGGAGAUCAGGCGCCUCUCCGUGCUGGUGGACGAGUACCAGAUGGAUUUCCACCCUUCUCCCGUCGUCCUCAAGGUUUAUAAGAAUGAGCUGCACCGCCACAUAGAGGAGGGCCUGGGCCGAAACAUGUCGGACCGCUGCUCCACGGCCAUCACGGGCUCCCUGCAGACCAUGCAGCAGGAGAUGAUCGACGGCCUGAAGCCCCUCCUCCCUGCGUCCGUGCGGAGUCAGAUGGACAUGCUGGUCCCUCGGCAGUGCUUCUCCCUCAGCUACGACCUCAACUGUGACAAGCUGUGUGCUGACUUCCAGGAGGACAUCGAGUUCCACUUCUCUCUCGGCUGGACCAUGCUGGUGAACAGGUUCCUGGGCCCCAAGAACAGCCGCCGGGCCUUGAUGGGCUACAAUGACCAGGUUCAGCGUCCCAUCCCACUGACGCCAGCCAACCCCAGCAUGCCCCCCCUGCCUCAGGGCUCCCUCGCCCAAGAAGAGCUCAUGGUUUCCAUGGUCACCGGCCUGGCCUCCCUGACGUCCAGGACCUCCAUGGGCAUCCUGGUUGUUGGAGGAGUGGUGUGGAAGGCGGUGGGCUGGCGGCUCAUCGCCCUGUCCUUCGGACUCUACGGCCUCCUCUAUGUCUACGAGCGUCUGACCUGGACCACCAAGGCCAAGGAGAGGGCCUUCAAGCGCCAGUUCGUGGAAUAUGCCAGCGAGAAGCUGCAGCUCAUCAUCAGCUACACCGGCUCCAACUGCAGCCACCAAGUCCAGCAGGAACUGUCUGGGACGUUUGCUCAUUUGUGCCAGCAAGUGGAUGUCACCCGGGAGAACCUGGAGCAGGAGAUUGCUGCCAUGAACCAGAAAAUCGAGGUUCUGGUUUCACUUCAGAGCAAAGCCAAGCUGCUCAGGAAUAAAGGUGGCUGGAUGGACAGUGAACUCAACAUGUUCAUGCACCAGUACCUGCAGCCCAGCAGAUAGUGCAGCUGGAGCGGAGCCGGCGUGGAGAAGGCAGUGCCAGCCGCGGGGGCGCCCCAGGGCUGCUCCUGGCCGGCCGCCGCCGUGAGAACGGAAGCACCAGUGUCUCGCCGUUUUGAGCCCUUAAACACUAGUCGCUUUUCCCCCUCCUUCGCCUGCUGCUGCAGGGAGAUUUUUCCGGCUCACACCCUAGAGGAGACUUUUUUGACACCGAGGAAUCAAGUGGAGUCUCUGCUUUGUCAGAGACACUUGUCUGAGCAUCAUUGGGUGCUUGUAAGGCCCUGGCUCCCAGCCUCACCGCAUGCCUGCUCGGAGCCUGCACACCCUCCUCCCGCCAACACAGACGCCGGCCCAGCGCGCCUGCAGAGAAGGGCCACUCUAGGGGCGGCCUGGACUUUCUCCCCGGAUCGCAUCGAUACGGUUCUGUCCCGGAAGGACUUGGCUUGUGUCAGUCGGUCCUUCAGCUUCUGUGCUUUGUCCGCGCAGCGCUCUCGGCACGCGCUGAUGGCGGGGCUCAGGGCGCACCACGUCCUGGGUUUUGGGUGAGGUGGCCUGUGCCACGAGGGGGAGGAGGAUGCUGCACAGGCAGUUUGAUCGCGGUGGUGAGAAUAGUUUAGGGGAGCUUGUGUGUGGAGGGCGGCUGUUACCGUGAUCAGGAGGGACGUGCCUCCCUGCUCUUCGUUGUCAACCUUGUCCGGUCCUUGGCCUGCGUGGUCUGGUUUUAUUGUUAGUGAGAGGGGGUUCGGUCCAGGUUGUUAAAGGAUGUGGCAGAAGGAAAGACGUGGCAGGAAGGGGGCCUUGGCGGCAGGCUGGGGGCGUGGGCCCCUUUCAGGACAGCCGGAGAAGAUGGAGUCGGGGCAGAGCAAGGCCCUCCGUUAGACCUCACUCUGAGGGCCCACGGGGUCUGAGAGUCACCCCACUAGCUUGAUUGCACCCCCAUUGUGCCCCUUAAAGAGACAUGUCCCACCCCCAGCUUGGCCCACCUGCCUCGGCCAAGCAUCCUCUGGGCUGAGUCUGCGGUGACGCUGCAGCUGGCCAAGGACAGUGGGAACCCGGGGCCCGCUCUGCACUCCCACCACACACGUGGCCGCCUCCUGUUAACUUCGAGACGUGCUUUCCACUGUUAGCGGUCAAAGUGGGGGCAGGUUCCUGUCUCCAGAGUGUUAACUGUCUGGGCAGGCCGCCUUCGGGGACAGCCUUUGCAGUGCAGGUCAAAGAACGUGCUAGAAAGAAGCAGCCCCUCUUCCAGCAGAGGCAGGGCUUGUCCCGCCCUUUUGAGUCUACGUGCUCUCUGGUGUCAGGAUGUGCGUUGAUGGUCUCUGCACACGUGGGCGGCCACGCAGGGGCAUCCCCUCCAGGGCCCACUGGUCUCAAGCCGCAGCCUGCACUGUCGUGUGGAACAAAGCGGUAGGAGGGCUGCACGGUGUCACUCGCAGCGUGCCAGUGAACCAGUGUCCCACAAUCCCGAUGAGUUUGUGCUUUGGGGGGGGAAUUAUUUAAUAUAACCACACAGAAUUUUUUUAAAUGUAGCCCCUGGGCAGUGAAUGAAAUUUUGAACCUGUACCAUAAGUAAGAUGAAAUACGUACCACCCAGGGGGACUUUCUGAAGGAAGUGUGGCAGAGACACUGAAUGUAAUGCUGCUGACUGUUCUCUGUGUUUAUGUUCAUUUGCUGGAGUGAGACGUGCUUGGCAGUGAGUUUUUUCUCUGAUGUAUUUAAGGUGAUAUAUUUGCCUGAAUUGCUCCUGUAUCAUUGCUGAUCAUAUUGGAAAUGAAAAUAAAGCUAGUUGGGAACCC